GGUUUCUAGAACAACAACAGCGAGUCUGCGUGAAUCUGACGAAGCAACAUCAGGGCCCGCCGGAGACUUGGAUUUGCUUCGACGAUAUUACGCAAAUGCCAUGGGCGAGGAUCUACAACUAGUUCAACAGUCAAGAGUAGAAGUGAACAAAAAGGAUGCUGAGCAAGAGGAUGAAGAAGCAAGAUGCAAACCAAAACGCAGGAGGAAAGAGAAGAAAGAUUCAGCUUCUUGUUCAUCAGAUGAGUCUAAAACUAAAAAACCCAGAGUGUGGUUACUGCGAACUGUCGAAGAUCUGCGUAGUUUCUGCGAACUUUACCCUGACGUUGGCGACAGCGACAAGAUCAAGCAAUUAAACAGCUCAGGAGCCUCAGCAGGAGAAUCUGGAGACGCCUUGAACAAGGACGGUUCUAGCAUUGCACCAGGAGAACUGUUUGAUGAGCAUCUCGAGCAAGCGGAUAUAGCAG